AUGGCGGAUGAAAAGAUGCCCAUGCUCACUGGCAGGAGCACGGCUCGCAAGAGCAGAGCCAGCUGGAGCAUCCGAUUGACCCUGCUCGCCCUUUCCAUUGCGGUGUAUACGCUCUACGCUACGCUGCGCACUGAUACGACCUCUUGCAAGACGGCUGUCUGGCCCUUUCCGCCGACGCCCAAGCCAUCCGACGAUCCAAAUUUGGCCAAGUGCCGCGCUCUCAAAGUGGCUCCCGGAGCGCCAGGCAAUUUCAGCCAGCGUGUUCGCUCAGACAGAGCCAAGCCGCGAUCAGAAGCGCCACCCGUGCUGAUCAAGAAUGCAAAAGUGUGGCGCGCCGAUGCAAAGUCAGGGGUCAUAGAGAAUGCUAGCGUGUGGAUCAACGAUGGGCUGAUCAAGCGGGUCGAAGGCGGAAGGGCUACGACUGCUGAGAUGGAAGCCGUAGCUGCUUCGAGCAGCGACAGCGUGAUCAUCGAUGCUAAAGGUCGAUGGCUCACACCAGGCAUCAUAGACAUCCAUGUACAUGUUGGUGUGUAUCCCCAACCUCUGCUGGACGGCACGUUGGACGUCAAUUCGCACCAAUCUCCGAGGACACCGGCUCUGCGCUCAGUUGACGCGCUCAAUUCCUUCGACUUGGCUUGGCAUCAGCUAGCUGCAGGGGGCAUCACCACCGGUCUCGUCCUACCGGGCAGUCUCAACAAUGUUGGCGGCCAAGCCUUCCCUGUCAAACUUGGCAGACAAACGCUGAGCGAUUCGAGGAACGGCGCAUGGCGCAGGGUAGUCGAUCCUCCCGCCGUCGUGGUGGGACCGGGCGAAGGAUGGGGGCGUAAUGCUACAGCUGGAGACGGCAUGAAGCGCGCAAAGGGUCAAUCUUCAUGGAGGCACAUGAAGAUGGCUUGCGGCGAGAACGCCAAGCGUGGGUAUGGGCUCGUCCGGAUGGACGAAGCGCUUGGCUUCAGGUCCCUCUUUCAGCGCGCCAAGCAGCUCAAAGAAUCUCAGGAUAGCUUCUGUUCGCGAUUAGAGCAGGGCGAAAUUCAAACAGCUGAGUCUUUCCCAGAUGACCUCGAGCUGGAAGCUGUUGUCGAUGUGCUUCGGGGCAAGGUCAAGGUCAAUACCCACUGCUACACGGCAGCCGACCUCGAAGCUUACGUGCGGCACACCAACGAGUACAAAUUCCCGCUGGCCGCGUUUCACCAUGCCCACGAAGCUUAUCUGGUGCCCGAUCUACUCAAGAAGGCGUACGGUGCUCCGCCCGCUGUGGCCCUCUUUAGCUUGAAUGGCAAUUACAAAGCGGAAGCCAUCUCUGGCUCUCCCUUCGCACCUGCAAUUCUCGAAUCGCAUGGAUUGCAGGUACAUAUCAAGAGCGAUCACCCUGUCACAGAUAGCCGAAGGCUCGUCCAGCAAGUCGCUCAGGCUCAUCAUUAUGGCUUCAACAAAGCUCUGGAAUCGGUCACUAGCGAAGCUGCCCGCUCUCUGGGUCUUGAUCAUCGCAUUGGGCACAUCAAAGAAGGCUACGACGCCGAUCUGGUUUUGUGGAGCGACCAUCCCCUAAAUCUUGGAUCAACUCCCUUGCAAACCAUCAUUGAUGGCACGCUUCAGCUCGACCUCUCCUUAGCGCACCAGAACACAAGCAAAAGCGCAGCAGACUCGUGGCCGCGUCAAGCGGACUACGCUCACGAAGUGCAUCGCGUCAACACAAGUGGUCCGGACAUUCUGACCGGUCAAGCUAAUGCUGGUCCCGAAGCGUUGGCAGGGCGCUUCGAUGACCUUGUCCUCGCCAACGUCUCUGCUGUCUAUCUUCAACAGGGCGAGAAGGUCAAGCUGGUCGAUCUGAACGGCACCGGCACCGUCCACGUCGAGAAGGGCACCAUCACUUGUGCAGGAUCCCUGCAAGCGUGCCCAUUGAAAACGCACCACACCGUUGACCUUAAGGGACGUGGUGUGAUCACCCCCGGUCUGACGACUUACGGAUCUGAGCUCGGUCUUUCGGACAUCGUGAGCGAACCUUCUACUGGUGAUUUCGCAUCCGCUCGAUCCAACUUCAACACGCUCGUAGGCAGGAGUUCUUUGCCCCUAAGUCGAGCAGUCGAUGGGCUUCAGUGGGGCAGCAACGACCUGCAACGCGCAUUCGCGAGCGGCGUUACCAGCGUCGUCGUCGCUCCGCGCUCUAGCGGCAGUUUUGUGGCUGGCGUAUCGACGCGCUUCCGAACAGCUGUGGAAGACGUUUGGAACCCGCAUGCUAUCCUCAAAGAAGAAAUUGCGCUUCACGUUUGGUUGUCGCACUUGCAAGACGGAGACGCUGGAUCCAUCUCGGAAGCGGAGCAGAUUGGUGUGCUGCGCGAUCUGCUUUCGAGAGCGGAUCGCAUUCGCACGCACGAUGCGGCGGAAGGUGGAGGAUACAACGAUGGCGUUUGGCAGCGAGUAGUCGCGGGAGAGCUGGCUCUCGUAGUGCACGCAAGCAAAGCUGAACGUCUAAGCACAAUUUUGAAGCUGAAGCACCAGCAUCGUCGAUUGAGGCUGGUUUUGGCGGAGGCCGAAGAGGCAGCUCAUGGAGGUCUGCCGGCCGCGCUUGCGGCUGCGGGUGUGGGAGUACUGAUCAAGCCGUUCAUCCGACCGCAAUUCUACGACAGCAGACGGGCUUUGCCUGGUCCGCCACUGUCGAGCAACUCUACCCUCUCCGUCCUCCGCGCGCACAAAGUCAAGACUGGCUUCUUGAUGGAUGAGAGCUGGGAAGCUACAUCCCUCUUGUGGGACGCUUCUGCUGCUUCGCUGGAAGCGGGCGUGGAAAGAGGCGAGGAGGUGCUAGAACAUCUUUUGAGCUUGGAGAGCUUGCUGGGCCUAGAACCGACUCGGGAUUGGGUCGCAUACGAUCACAAUCCCUUUGAAUAUGGCGCAAGACCCGUGGCCAUCGGGGGACCAGCAGGUGUUGCAAUGUUCCCGUGA